GGUGGCCUGUUUGUCGUUUCCAACUCCAGCGUGGAAAUUGUGAAGGUGAUUUUAAUUAUAACGGUAUUGGUGCGAUGUAAUUAAAAAUAUAUAUCUACAAAUGUAUAAUAAAAAAUUUAAUGUGUAAAAAUUAAUUCGAAAAAUAACGCAAAUUAAAAUUUAGGAUAAAACGAAAAAGUAAAGCACAGUGCAAUUGCGCGAGGGGCAAAACAGCGUAAAGUGCAAUUAAGUGACGAAUGCGAAGCUGAAAACAAAGUGAAAAUUCCAAUAAGAAAAAGAGAAUAAGGAAAUAAAUCAACAAAAAUAAAAAUCUGUUAAAAUAAUAAUACAUAGUUAAAAGUAAAAAAGUUGAGAAGUGUUUUCGAAAAAUGUGAAAUUGUCUCAUUCUUUGUGCUAUUAAACAGCAAAAGCUCCAAAGUGAAAAGCAAAGUAAGCAAAGGCUUGCAAUUAUUAUUACCUACUAUAAGUUAAUAAUUCCAAGCAGGCAGCGUCGGGCGUGACGUCUCUGUCGCCUCUGCAGCAGUGCCAAAAUGUGGAUAUCAUCCAACAACAAAUACGGCGUUGCCAUUCACAAUUGGCAUGGCGAUGUUCGUUACGGUCUACCGCUUGAUGUGGGCGAUUCCGUCGAAAUAUUGGAGGAAUGCACAAAUUGGUAUCGCGGCACGUGUGCGCGCAAAUCCCGCGCUGUCGGCCUUUUUCCCAAAACCUAUAUACACAUCAAGGAUCUGUCGAAAAUUGAUCCAGUGGUUGGCGAGUGCACACAAGUUUUGCGUGAAUGGUCCGAGAUAUGGAAGAAACUCUAUGUGGAUCGUGAAACAUAUAAAUUUCACACGCUGCGCAAGGUGAUGUUAUCCAUCUUAGAUUGUCGUCGGGAGCUUUUGGGUGCCACGCUGACGCAGGACCAAACACUGGAAUUGCAAACAUUGGUUGUGUCACGCAUCGAUUGGGGAAAUCGAAAACUUGGCUUGGAUCAAGUGCCACGAAUCGGUCCAUUAGCAGUUGAUCCGCAUAACAUCGGAGUUGUGGGUCUGUACAACGUGCAUGUGACAAGUGCAGAUAACGCAAAGGCAUCAUCGAGUCGCGGUACGUUACGUCGCAAAGUUCAGCGAAAAAUACUUACACACCAUUUAUACUUUUGUAUGCGUGAUUUUGGCCACCGUAUUGGUGGCGAUGACGCUGAGGUAUAUUUCUUCCUAUACGAUGCCAAUCCAUCGCGCAUGCGCGCGCUAUCAGAACGUUUUUUGGUGAAAAUAUCAAAAGAUGGUUUCUCAAAUUAUAUAGAAAAGUUGCAUAGCAACUGUACGGUAUUCACAGAUUUAGGUGCUGUGGAUUUGAAUGAAGAUUUACAUUUAGUGGCUGUGGUAAUGCGUGUGGGGAAAAUCAUUCCGUCAGAGACGGGCAAAAAGGUUGAGAAGAAUAAUAGCCUUUGUUGUACGGGUCCCACUUAUCGUCGUCCUUUUGGUGUGGGCGUGUUGCCACUAAAUGAAAUUAUUCACUAUGAUAGUUCUGUCGAAACAGAGGAGAAGGAAUUUAAUUUUAAGAUCUAUCAAUGCGAAGAAAAAGACUUUCAUCAACUACAUGAAUUAAUAAUUAAGAAAUCAACUGGCAAAUUCUCGCCAAUAACCUCAGGCAAUCAAAAUACACAGGGCAUCGUAGUAUCGCUCAAACUGCUGCAUGGCGGACUCGGUCAGGCGCGUCAAGAGCAACCGCUACUCUUUCAAGGCACGACAAUCACGCGCAAAAUGGGCUUCCCCGAUGUCAUUAUGCCCGGUGACGUGCGCAACGAUCUCUUCAUCACCUUGGAGCGUGGUGAAUUCGAACGUGGCGGCAAGAACACUGCCAAAAAUAUCCUAACAACUGUGGUUGUGCUCGAUACAGGUGGUACUAUUUUAACCGAAUGUUUAUGGGGCGCUUCCGGCAUGGAUCCGCAGAACUAUUAUAAAUCCAUGAUAUUAUAUCAUCAAAACUCACCCUGUUGGAAUGAAAUGCUGCGCUUGAGUGUGCCAAUCGAUAAGUUCUCCACCGCGCAUGUACGUUUUGAAUUUCGACAUUGUUCCACACGCGAAAAAUCGGAUCCCAAACUCUUCGGAUUCAGUUUUGCGCGUCUAAUGGACCCUAGCGGUGCAACUCUAACGGAUGGUCAACACGAGUUGUACGUUUACAAGUGUGAGGAUGCGGGCAAACUGCAUGCCGGUAAUUAUCUAAAGUUGCCUAGCAAACCAAAGGAUCCACACGCCAAAGUGGAUUGUAGUUCAAUAUUUCAUCGUAGCUCGAAAGAAGUAUUUGUCAAAUCGCUGUUAUGCUCAACAAAGCUGACGCAAAACGCUGAUCUUCUCUCACUGCUUCAAUGGCGCACAAAUCAGACUAUACAAGACUCCCUUACGGGCGUUCUGCGACUAAACGAUGAGGAGCUGGUUAAAUUUUUGCAGGAUGUGCUCGACGCACUAUUUGCCAUGUUCUCCAACGAAGAGGGCAAUAGCACAGAGCAUUCAGGUCUGGUGUUCCAUGUGCUUGUCAGCAUUUUCAGCGUAUUGCAAAGCAAUAAGUUCCAACAUUUUCGACCUGUAAUGAAUGCCUAUAUUGAAAAUCAUUUCGCCGCUGCGCUCGUUUAUAAGGGACUAAUUACAUCAGUGGAGCAUAUGGCGGUUUUUAUGACCAAAGCCGAACAUCCUGAUCCAUUCCAGAAAUGUUUCAGUUCAUUAGAAUAUAUUUUCAAAUUGCUGAUACAAUCACGAAAGUUGUUUGCGCGUGCUACUGGGGGCCAAUAUGAGGACUCUUUCCGUAGAGAUUUGCAUUCGCUCUUUACAGCUCUUAAUGGUAUGUUGGCAGUGCCAUCCUACGAUGUGAUCAUACCAACUCAAGAGGCGCUAUUGAACUCCACGGGUGUGGUGCUGGAACAAUUAAAGGACACAUUACCGGCGCCUGAGUUGGGUAUGUUGGCGCGAAAUAUGCUAGAUGCCAUACCCAGAGAUGCACCUGUGCGGCUGAUACAGGCGAAAUUGAAUGCUGUUAAGGAUCUAGUGUCCGGUGAACUGUUUCACGAGGAUGGUAAGUAUGCCUCCAUAAACUAAAUAUGUGCAUACAUACUUAACACUUCCGCAGACGUAAUUUCUUAGCAUUUACCAGAAAGGGAAUCAUGACAUUCGUGAUCGAAUGAUUACUUGUUUCGAAUCGAAUAAAAUAAAAUUACAGCUCUUUUCUCUCCAAUAUAAUUUAAAUUGAGGCGGAUUCGCUAUCGAGUGCCGUAAUCUCAAAAUGAAUUUUCAAAUCGAGUUCCAUUCGAUCACGAAAGCCAUGGUCUGGGCGUAACAUUUAAGAUUUUAACGAAGCUCAAAUUUU